GGCCGGUGAGGCAGGCGGUGGCGGAGGCUCCUGCGGCGGUUGCUGGCGUUGCGGUGCGGAGCUGCUCUGCGCCCCUCGGACCCGACCCUCAGCACUCUGCUCCCACGCCAGCCUACCUCGCUCCUCGGCACCAUGACCACCACCACCACCUUCAAGGGAGUCGACCCCAACAGCAGGAAUAGCUCCCGGGUUUUGCGGCCUCCAGGUGGUGGAUCCAAUUUUUCAUUAGGCUUUGAUGAACCAACAGAACAACCCGUGAGGAGGAACAAAAUGGCCUCUAGCAUCUUUGGGACACCUGAGGAAAACCCCCCUUCAUGGGCCAAGUCAGCAGGUGCCAAGUCUAGUGGUGGCAGAGAGGAUUCUGAGUCAUCUGGACCCCAGAGAAGGAACUCUUCUGAAGCAAACUCUGGAGACUUCUUAGAUCUGAAGGGAGAAGGCGACAUUCAUGAAAACGUGGACACAGAUUUGCAGGCCAGCCUGGGGCAGAGCGAGGAGAAGCCCGUGCCUGCUGCCCCCGUGCCCAGCCCGGUGGCCCCGGCCCCAGCGCCGUCCCGAAGAAAUCCCCCUGGCGGCAAGUCCAGCCUCGUCCUGGGUUAGCUCUGACUCUCUUGAACUCUGUCGUUUUAUUUGUUUGUUUUCUCCAUGCUUGUGAACUGCACAACUUGAGCCUGACUGUACAUCUUUUGGAUUUGUUUCAUUAAAAAAGAAGCACUUUA